UCCGAGAUUUCUUCACCCUCAAUACACAUCUUGACCAUCUGGCAUUUCUAGGUCAACAUUUACAGGUGCACAUGCAGCGGAUGAUCAAUCAAUAACAUCUUUGAAGUGGAGAACACCAGUGACGAUGACCCGUCGGAUAUAAGGGAAUGACAUUGGGAACUAGAGAAGUUGUGACAAAAGAAUCUUCAUAACAUGGGAGAUACAACAAAUGUGUAAAGACACAAGGUAUGUAAUGUGGAGGAGUUGAAAUGGGCACGCCAGUAGUUAUAACCAGCACUGUUCUGCUGCUGUACAUGUUCAGUAUACCAGUCGCUCCACAGCAAGCCAACCUACAGCAGCCACAGGCUUUCCAGGUGAGAUUACCAGACAGACAAAACAACGAGGCAGAGCCGGCCGCAGCACAUGGAAAAAAUAUAGAAUAUUUAAAUUCCCUCCUGAAGAAGAGGAAGGCCAAAGUGAGCAAUGAUGGCAUUGGUGACAAACAAACUCUAAAAUCACGAGUAAAACGGAAGAAGAAGAGGAGUAAAUCGCUAGAUGGUAAACUUUCUAUAAAUAAAAAUCCGUCUCCAGUGAACCUUGGAAAACCUCAGGAUUUUGUGCAAAGAGCCAGUAUAGUGUCUCAAAACAAUCAGAAGGUAGUAACUCCAGGAGUAGGCGGAGCCAACACUGGGGGUGGGGCUAAUAAUAACGUUGUGGGAGGGGUUAACAAUAAUGGGGUUGGCGCUAAUAAUCUAAUUGAAAACAAAAUUAAAUCACAUUUACCAAGUGCUUUCAAUAACAAUAAUAAUGAUAAUGAUGCUUUAAAAAGGGCAGAAACGAAUAACAAUGUUGUGAACUCGGACGCAAGAGUAAAAGUGAUAGAGACCGGUGGGGUCAAACAAGUGCCCCGCCCUCAGGACAGUCUUCCUGUGUUGUCAGAUAACAUUGAGAGAAAAAGUAACCAGGAUAGAGAGAAGCCAGUAGAUGUUGUAGGAGGACCAAACAUGAUGCAGGACCCCGGCCAGCUGAGAGCAGACAUCCAGGCCAACGCUCGUCUCAACCAGGCGGACGCACCUCUCAGAGAUGAGAAACCCAUUCAAGUUAAAAAUGAAUUACGGGAAGUUGCACACGAUGAGGUCCACGUCAACUCGGAAGAUGAAGUUGUUGAAGCAAAGGACAACAUUGUACGCGACAACAACAAUCAAAUCCGCGUGAAUGAGCAACCUGUGCAUAACCAGGAAAACAAUUUCCAGGAAAACAACAGGAAUUGGCAGCCUGUGAUAAACAACAAUCCUCCACCGAUGCAACAGCAUCAACAACAAGUCAACAAGCCGAAGAAACAGGACAGCCAGCGCAUCAUGUGGGACUGGAGUGACUUUCUCAUCAACUACGAGCAGUAUGUCAUGCCGGAGCAAAAGGUGAGGCGUGCUCCACACGCAACGACAGGUGAACCGUGGCCAAUGCCGCAAUAUUACAUCACGUCGCAGACAAAACUCUUCCGGCUGGACCGGGAAAAGUUCCACUUCCGUAUUUCCAAGGAGACCUGUGACAUCAUCGAGAAGGCAAUUGAGCGAUACAAAGACUAUAUUCUGUAUGACAGUGUUCAGGACACGUACGACAACUUGCAACAUGCCCAAGGUUCUAGUCUGGAGGAUGUUUAUGAGAAAUAUGGGGAUGAGGUCCACACACAAGCCGGUUACAUUGAUGAACUCAACAUUAAGAUCAGGCAACCCUGCACCAGACUUCCCCAUGACAAAAUGGACGAAUCAUAUGACCUUUUUAUUAAACGUACUGGAGCCUUUUUAUGGGCAAAUGAAGUCUGGGGUGCUCUGCGGGGCCUGGAAACCUUCAGCCAGCUUGUCUUCAAGGGCACAAAUGAAGAGCUCUACAUCAGAGACACAGUCAUCAAUGAUUACCCACGUUUCUCGCAUCGAGGCAUCCUCCUAGAUACCGCACGUCAUUUCCUCUUCAAGGACACCAUCUUUGAUGUCUUGGAGGCUAUGUCACAAAACAAGAUGAAUGUAUUACAUUGGCACAUCGUCGAUGACCAGUCCUUCCCAUAUCAGAGCAAAGUCUACCCCGACCUCAGCGACAAGGGAGCGUACCAUCCUACUUUUGUCUACACUCAUGAAGACCUGGAUGAGAUAAUUGAGUAUGGUAGGAUGCGUGGGAUCCGGAUCAUGCCCGAGUUUGACACACCAGGUCACACCUAUUCCUGGGGCCUCAGUCGACCUGACCUUCUUACCCAGUGUUACCAGGGAACACAUCCAGUCAAUGGCUACCUGGGACCCCUCGACCCCAGCAAGAAUGAGACAUACCGUUUCCUCAAAAAUCUCUUCAAUGAGGUCCUCCAUGUUUUCAAGGAUGAGUACAUUCAUCUGGGAGGGGAUGAAGUUCCCAUGACCUGUUGGUCAUCUAACCCCGAAGUCCUUCAGCUACUCAACAAACUGGACGGUAAACCAGACGAACCAAUCAACCUUCAGAAUGUCGACCCCUACAUGUACAGCUACGACAUUCGGAAAGUCCUCGAGUUCUACGAAAAACGACUGACACAAGAUCUGAAGGAAAUUGGUCGUCGAAGGAAGAACGGAGUGCGAUUUGUCAUGUGGCAGGAGAUUAUGAAUAACAAUGUGCAGUUGCCCAAUGACACCAUCAUCCAGAUUUGGCAGGGAGACAUGGGAGAUGUCCAGCGAGCCAUAGACAUGGGAUAUAACACCAUAUACUCCACCUGUUGGUACCUCGACCUCAUCGAGUAUGGCGUCAAGUGGCCCAAGUACUACAAUUGUGACCCAGCUGACACAAGCAUGGGAUACCAGAUUGAUGAGAAGAAAGUUCUGGGCGGUGAGGCGUGCAUGUGGGCAGAAUAUGUGGAUAACGAAAACGUGAUGACAACAUUGUGGCCUCGGGCAUCUGCUGUGGCCGAGAGACUGUGGAGUAGUAAAGACGUGAAGGAUGUGGAUGCUGCAGGUAAACGGCUGUCAGAACAUCGCUGCCGUAUGCUCAGUCGAGGCCUACCAGUGGGGAUGAUCAGUGGUCCAGACUACUGUCUCCGACGAGGACAUCGCCGAGACAGAGACAACUCCUCCAACUGCUCCGUCGGUCACUGCUUCCAGAGCAAGGACACCGUCCAGAUAGAAAAGAUCAAUGUCCGAGUCCAACAGAGGAGUCACAACCUGCCAGUUCCCGACUGUAACCAGAUAAUUUCCCAAGGAGGAAACAUGAUUACCAUAGCAGUAGUGAUAGCUUUGUUCAUUGUUGUCAUUGUCAGCAUCAAAGCCACAGGAAACAGAAUGAUGCAGGGACGGUUUUGUCGAAAUAAGAACAUCUUCAUCGCAUUCAUUGUUGUCAUUCUCAUAUAUUUUAUGUGUUCAACAUCACUUUGGAUGCAGGUCCUGGAAUUCAAGGGUUCUUUUGAAAAACGUGUGAAAUCGUCCUACUCCGACAAGGGUUCAAUAUAGUGCUGUGUUAUUGUUUUCAUUUUUGAUGGCUGACUAAAAUAGACCGCAAAAAUAAUUAAAGGACGAUAUUUGUGCAGACAUUGUUCAAUGUUAUCUCCGAGUUAAUGAACUGCGUAUUUUCACUUCUGAAAUGGCCUAGUCAUAUUUAAUUUUAUCAGGACUUUAUUUGUGAUUCAGAAGUAAAGCUUGUUCUAGAAAAGUCAUUGGAAAAAGACUUGUUUUCAGAAAAUGGGCAAAUAAAGAGUUUUUUCUGCAUGAUGUAUCAUAUAAUUUUUAAUUUAAAAAUUGUAUAGUGAAGGUCACACAUGUAUCAUGAUCUAUAUAUCCCUAGAGCUAUUUUCCAAUAGAAACUGAAAAUGGUUGAUUCAUUAAUAAACACCAGCACCCUGUUGGUGAAGUUUAAACUACUGUUUUAAGAAUAUCCUCAGUCAAAAUUGAUUGACCCAGUAAGCAUUUUAAGGUCACAAAUCAAUGUCGUGAUCAGCUGGCAUGGAAUCAUGUUGGUAAUAUUUCCAUAAUAGUCAAGGUCAAACGUCACUUACCUAUAUACUUAAGAAAAGUUGUAUGUACAUAUGUGUAUUCCAUAGAUAGGUACUGACCCAGAGUCUAUAAUUAGGCCUGAGAAUACAGCUUAAUCUUUAUGACAAGACAAUACAUGUGCAAACCUGUAUUAAGAGACCAUUUAACCCUUUCACCCCUUUGUAACUUUAGUUAACUCUUCCAUGCAUUGAUCUGGAUAAGUCCAUUUUGGUCUCCAGUGGUGAAAGGGUUAAAACUACAUGUUGCAGUUAUUUUCAUGUUCAUAAUCCAAUCUGUUUUUAGAGACCACCUUGUAUCAGUCUGUUUUAUGGACCUUUUGAAUGAAUGUGGUCUCUUAGUACAAGUUUGACGGUACAUGUACGUUCAGUUAUUAACUUUUUCUGGUUUGUUUUUUUGUCAGAGGUUAUUUUUACACGGUAUUGUUUCACUACAUUCUCAAAUUAAAAACCUGUAAAAAAUGCUACUGCUGCAGUUUGAUUACCUGUGUAUGCUGUGAGGAUGUGAACGAUGGUUGUAGCAAUGCAUUUCUAAAACACAAUCCAACAAUUUGAUGGCAAUCAGUUUGUUUUGUAAAGUUUUAACUUAUUUUUGUCAACACCCCAUUGCAGGAUUAUUUAUUCAUGUCAUGUCAUUUGCAUUUUACUGAUAAUAUUAUGAUUCAUAUUACUCUGCCACAAAUUAAAAACAUUGUAAAUAGGCAUGAAUGUAUUUUGAUUUUAAAUGUCUUUGGGAAAAAACUAUGGUCCAUUUUGUGAAACACCAAAACAUACUGUUGAAUCUCUUUAUCAAAGACUUUGGAAAACUUGAAAUACAUUUUUUGUAUUCCCUGUUUUACAGGUAACUUUGUAUGUUGCAUUUGGUCAGAAUUUCUUUUUUUAAUAUAAAGAAAAAUGGUACGUUAAAAUAAAAAAAUAAACUGAUUUCUUAAAAAUCAUCCUUGAGAAGUUAAAUGCUCAAUUACCUUAGCUAUCCUGAAUGUUAAUAGUUUUACCCCCUUACUAUGGACGACAAAUUUUACAGUAAUUGACAUCAGAUAUAAAAGAAGUAAGUUGUUGAGGAAAAUAAAAGUUUAAUAUGAAUCCUUAUUGGACAUGUAUAGUUUGUAGAUAAUUUUACAUUUUUAUUUGAAUUUUACCUCAGUACCAAUGUAACUAAGGUACUUAGCUUUAAUAGGGACUGUAGUUGUGAGAAUGCUAUUAUAGAAGUGGAAAGCUGGGAUAACCUGACUUUCCCGAUACUUGUACAUAGCACCAAAGUUCCUCUGUUUUGAGGGCAGAUGAGAAUUCAUGUGUGCAAUUAUUUCUAUGUGGUGUAUGGAGAUGAUUUCAGCUCAUCUCACAUUUCUCACCUUUUUGUUAAUUUUACCUGAUUUCUAAAAUUACCUUAGUAUUUAUCAUACUAGAAUGUUUUGUUUAUUUGUGUUUAGGAAAAUGCAUGCAACUCAAGAUAAAUCAUUGUCCACCUAUUUGCCAAAUGUUGAUUUGAAUUGAUUGAUUUUGAUCCUUUAUUACUUUCAUUUAUAACCACUCCACAGGAAAAGGAAAUCAAUUUGUUGUGACUUGUUACAGUUUCAUCAAGUGCAUCAUUUCACAACUGGAUCUACAACAGGGAUAGUGAAACAUGUAAAAACAGUAUUUGAUAUCGUAUAUAAACCCAUAUCUUGUGUAAGGUCUAUCUACCUAGAGCUUAAUAGAAUCCUUUUCUUAGAAGUUUAGAGUUGGAUACCUGUGACCUUCCAUAUUCUCAUUGUUUUUGUACAUAUCUCGCAUCAAAUGCAUAUUGUUCAAAUGAGUUUCCGAGGGAGAAAGCGUGAGAAUGUGUAAGCAAAAACAAAUGAGUUGAAAA